AAAUGUUUCUGUUCUGCGUGUAAGAAAUGAUAGAUCUUUAAUCAGUGGGAACUAGCCGACUAGCAAUAAACUGGGCAUUCAAUCAACUCUGCAAGAAAAGAGGAAGAAACAGACCACCGUUGUAGUUACUUGAGUUUACUAAAUUAUCGUUUGAGUUAAAGAGGCAAAGACAUGGGCGCCAGUGAGAGCAAGAUUGCUGUGGAAACUCCGAAACCAGACCGUACUCGCCAGAUCAGAAACGAGCACAUCUCCCGACUUGUUGACCCUAGAUCUCCGUCCACAGGGAUUGACCGGACCCCAAUACAGGUGGGAGAAGCCGCUUCCCGGGGCACUGUCGAGGUGGAAUGUGAAGGCCCCGUACUCACCGGUGAUCCUCGUUCACCAUCACCUGGCAUAAGCCGCACUCCAAUGAAAGAUGUGAUGAGAGCCACAGUCAACUCAUUUGCCCGUCGCCUGGGAAUGCUCUUUCUUAAUGAAGGAGGGGACAGGGCCGCCCCUUUGCCUCCCCUCAAGUUCUCCAAAGAGCAGAACCUCAGCCUCGAGGAGGAUAGAGAGAUGGACUCGGCCGAGCCUCUCCUCCCCUUCCAGCCCUCCUUCGAAGCUCCCCUCAGUCCGAGUGUCCACACCCUGGCCACCCCAGCCUGCCUAUCAGAACAGCCCUGUGACGGCGAGGCUCUGUCCACGCAGAGCUCGGGUUGCCAGGUGGGAGGGGAGGAUCGGACGCAGACGGGGUUAGAAGUCGAUCAGAUUCUGGAGUCGGAGGAGUCGACCGCAGAUGACCAUCUGCCCCUGAACAAGGAGCUGAGUUUGAGUCUUCUUGCUUGCCACGAUGGGGUAGUUUCAUCCGAGAUGGUCUCUGACGAUACUCCUGGUUUGCUCUCUCCUCUCUCUGACAUCGAGCCCUGCAAAGAUUUAGACUCGGAGGCUUGUCUGUCCCCAAUCCCUGACUCUGUUCAGCCAUCGAGUGUUGAGGCUUCAACCACAACCUCACCGGUCUGUAGUGAUAUUGCUGAACCCUCAAAUGACCGAACGGACACUCCUGCCAAACCUGAAUCCGAUGCGGAGGAGUCCCCCAAACCUGCCACAGCCGACCCCAUUCCCAGUCAUACCGAGAGCCUCCAGGCCCAGUCUGGCUCGGACCAAAUCGGAGUUAGACUCCCCACCUUUAACACCAAAAGCCCCAGCCAGGCGGUGUUCAAGCCCCAGUGGUUGGGGGUGGGGUUUGGGGUAGCUGGAGUCAGAGCCAGAGCGGUACAAGGGAAAGGGAAAGGGAGCUCCUCCCCUCUCUCCGUUCGCAUAGGAGGAAGGAAUGCUGGGAACGAAAACAGAGGACCAGUGGCUAAACAGAAGCAGAGAGAGAGGUGUGGUAAGGCCCUGGCCAAUGAGGGCCGCUCUCCACUGCAGAUCCUCAAGGAGACAAACUCCCCCAUGGAACACGCCUCACAGAUGAAGCUGAAGAUCUCCACUCCUGACAGGCAAAGGCUGGGUCAGAUUGACAGACGAGCCUUAUCGCUCUCCCUGAACAAGGAGAACCAGAGAUAGGGGGCUGAGUGGAUAAAUGGGCCAAUGAACUCGAACUGGACACAGGGAGAGAAGAGACUAGGCUUUGCCAUGUACAGUCCUAUUCUAUACAUAGGAUGCGUUUAAUAUGAAAUUCACACUAAUCAGUUUUCAUCCCACUGCCAUCUUAAUCUUUGUGUAUGUUGUAUAUGUCCUCGUCAGUGUCUCCUUGUGCUGUUUUUAUCUGUUUUGUAAAUAAAAUAAAGUUGUAUUUGAUUUUG